CUGGGUCCCAGCUGUGUGCGCGGUAGCACAGCACCAUGGGGCUAGGAUCGAGGAGCAUGGGGGGCAGGGACGGGUCGGAGCCCACCCUGUGCGGCCAGGCCGAGUGCUUCGAUCUGCUGCUCCGGGUCUGUGUGGCCUGCAGGCUCUUCCGGACUCCCGAGCCCAGCCCGGCGGCCGGUGCGAGCAGCCCGGCGACCGGGACCGCGCUGCAGCCGCAGGAGUCGGUGGGCGCGGGCGCCGUCCCCCAGGGGGCGCUGCCACUGCCAGGGCUGCUCUUCGGCGCCCCCGCGCUGCUGGGGCUGGCGCUGGCCCUGGGCCUGGUGGGCCUGGUGAGGUGGAGGCGGCGACGGCGCGGGAUGGCGCCCCCGGAGGCCUCCGACCGCUACCCGAACGAGUCCCUGGACAAUGUCAUCAUCCUCUCCCCUGGACCCAUUGAUGCCACAAGUCCUGUCUGGUCUCCACCUGAAGACAGAGCCACCACCCUACCUGGCCACAGUGUCCCUGUGCCAGCCACAGAGCUGGGUUCUACUGAGCUGGUGACCACCAAGACAACUGGCCCUGAGCAGCUGUAGCAAUGGAGGGGGCAGGAGGUGGCCCUGCCCUCCCUGUGGGCCACCAGCCAGGGGCUUGGAAGUUGAAUUUGGCUCUUCACCCUAGCACCCACCUGCCCCUUUCCUGGGAGCCAAGCUGCUCCGCUGCUGCACCCUGCAGGACCACAGACACUACAGACGACAGUGUUCAAAGGCAGCAUGGACUGCUUACCGUGCUUGCUUUUGGCUUCCAACCAUACCAUCUUUGACAGCCCUGGAAGGUUGUAUCUGAGCUCCUGUCCUUUUGAACAAUUGGGGCACCACAUAGAAGGGUCUUCCUUACACUGGGAAAGCACCAUUAUGCCAGAAUAAAUCUAGAUAAAGGAUAACUCAGAAGGAUGCUUAGUUUGCAACCAAAACUGAAAAACCAAAGCACUUGCCAAUUCUGACUCCGGGCAACCCCAUGUGUUGCAGAAUAGAUCUGUGCUCCGUAGGGUUCUCAAGGCUAUGACCUUUGGGAAAUAGAUGGCCAGGCCUUUCUUCUGAAGAAUCUCUGGGUGGGUUAAAACCGCCAACCUUUUGGUUACUAGUCAAGUGGUUAACCAUUUGCGCUAUCCAGUGACUCCUGUUUGUAACUAGGUGUUAUAUUUCUUUAAUACUUGCUCUCAGAGCUGUCCUGCUUUUAAACUGACGUAAAUGGUAGCAAUGAGUUUGCCCUGGGAUUUAGGAAUGAGAAGUAGCCUGACCAAAAGGCCAACAAUUACUGAAAAGCAAAGACUAGAAGAUAAGGGGUCACGGAAAUCAGAGUACUGCAAAGGGAACAAACAGAACCACAAAGAGAAUAUUGACACAUUGUGAUAAAUGCCACUGAACAGUUUGUGUGGAAGUUGUCAAAUGGGAACCUAACUUGCUGUAUAAGCUUUCACCAAAAACUCAAUAAAAUAUUAUUUAAAAAGAAAAGAAAUAGCCCGGAUUGUGCUGAUUCUCAGGUAUCUCUAUCUUAGGGUCAACCCUGAGCCUGGCCCAACCUGCUGGGACCUAAGACGCCAUUUUCACCCUAGUGACAGCUUCCAGAACCAUAGACCUGCACCUGGGAGGAAGUCCACACCCUCUGGGGCUGGGCUCCCAAACCCAGGCUGAGGGAACACUGAUAGGCACUGCCCCCAGAAACCACCCUGGAGUCCCAGCAGCCUCUAAGCCACCGCACAGUCAGCUACACACAGGACAGAGUCUGAGAACUACAGGAAGCUCCUUUGUACAGAGGCGAGGGCAGGCCUGUG